GCUCAGCACCUGAGAGUGUUGGGUGUCAAGUGCAACAAAACGCUGCAUUCUCUCCAGAAGAGUGCCAAGAGUCAGAGCAGAUGGAGUGCCAUUUGUUGCUGUGAGCAGCCUUUAACGUGGCAGGAGGAGCUGUGAUGUCCCAUAGGUUGCCUGUUGCCACCCAGCACAGGAGAGCCCUGCUCAGUGCUGCACUCAGAGCCCUGUGAAGGCUGCCCUGCCUUGGGCACACACCUGGCACAUAGAGCUGGGUCUUUUCCCUUGCCUGUGAAUGAACUGGUCUGUUCUUCUUCAUCCCUUUGUAUGACUCUGUGAGUCAUCUGCAGUCUCACUUCAGAAGCUGGUAGACAAGGAAGGCUAAUUUUUUUUUUUUUUUUUAAAUUUCUCAUUUCCUUUCCCUGCAGCAUGUUACAUGAGAUCUGGAUAGAUUUCUGCUGCAGUCUUGCAAGGCUGGCAUAGUGCAGUGUUUUACUGGUAGCCACCAGGGCAUGUUAGUGUGGUUCUGUGUGGCACCUGUAAAGUGGGGUGAAAAUACUCUGAGAGAUUCCAGUUCAUUUAUACACUUCCAUUAUCUCCAGUUCAUUUAUACACUGCCAUUGUCUGUGCUUUACAAGGUGUUUGUAGUUGCAGGUUAGACACACGCUCACGCCUUGUGAUUCUGAGUUCUGUCUGUCUGUCUGUGUGUCCCCAGCUCUGCUCUUGACCCACAGUGCCCAGUGGCAGAGAGCAGUGGUGCUGGCAGGAGGAGCAGUGGCAGGAGGAGGCAGCAGCAGCAGGCCCAUGACUCUGUCCCUUCCCACAGGUGUGGUGGAGGCGUGUCUCCUGCACAUGCUGAAGCGCAGGGCUGCCGGCUUCCUGCGCACCGACAAGGUGGCUGCACUCUUCACCAAGGUGGGCAAGACCUGUGCCAUAGCUGGAGACGUGUGCAGGAAGGUGCAGGAGCUGCAGCAGCAGGUGGAGAGCAGGAAAAAUCAGCCAAAUGGGCAGGAACCCCUCAAAAGGCAGGGAUCAGCCACAAGCAAAACACCUGUCCUGACACCUCAGGCCAUCAAGCACAUCUGGGUUCGGACAGCCUUGAUUGAGAAGGUGCUGGACAAGAUUGUGCAGUACAUUGUUGAUAACUGCAGUAAAUACUAUGAAAAGGAAGCUUUACUGGCAGAUCCUGUUUGUGGCCCAAUACUGGCUUCUCUGCUAGUUGGGCCGUGUGCCCUGGAGUACACCAAGCUCAAGACAGCUGACCACUACUGGACAGACCCUUCGGCCGACGAGCUGGUGCAGCGGCACCGCAUCCACGGCGCCCAUGGCCGCCAGGACUCGCCCUGCAAGCGCCCAGCCCUGGGAAUCCGGAAGCGCCACUCGAGCGGCAGCGCGUCUGAAGAUCGCUUUGCUGCUUCGGCGCGGGAGUACGUGGAGUCCCUGCACCAGAACUCCCGCACGCACCUCCUCUACGGCAAGAACAACGUGCUGGUGCAGCCUAAGGAUGACUUGGAGGCAAUUCCUGGGUAUCUCUCACUUCAUCAAUCAGCAGAUAGUUUGACAUUAAAAUGGACUCCAAACCAGCUGAUGAAUGGAACCCUUGGAGAUUCAGAACUGGAGAAAAGUGUUUACUGGGACUACGCAUUGAUUGUGCCACUGAGCCAGAUUGUCUGCAUCCACUGCCAUCAGCAACCAGAAAGCAGAUGGACAUUAGUGCUGGUGAGUCAGGAUGGGACCCAGAGGCCUCCACUGCACUUCCCCCAAGGAGGGCACCUCCUCGCCUUCCUGUCCUGCCUGGAAAAUGGGCUCCUGCCCCGUGGCCAGCUGGAGCCCCCACUGUGGUCCCAGCAAGGCAAGGGCAAGGUGUUUCCAAAGCUUCGAAAACGGAACAGCAACAAAUCAGUGGACCUGGAGGAGAUGCCAGCUGAGGACACAUCCACAGACUAUGUCUUCAGAAUUAUUUAUCCUGGACACAAGCACGAUAACAACACCAGUGAGAUGAUAGAGAUGCAAGGCUUCGGGGCAAACCUGCUGUCGUGGCAGCUGGAGCACUGCAGCCAGGGCUCCUCCUGUAUCUCCUGUUCCAUGGGCAGCUCUCCCUACGACAUUCCCAGCUGCUGCAACUGCAUCCAUGACCGAACUCCACUAAAGAUGUUGUGUGAAAGCAUGAAGAGGCAGAUCAUUUCCAGAGCCUUUUAUGGAUGGCUGGCACACUGCCGGCACCUGUCCACGGUGCGCACGCACCUCUCGGCUCUGGUCAACCAUGGCGUCGUGCCCCAUGAGCGCCCCGCCAGCGCCGCCGCCGGCCUCACCAAGGAGGUCUGGAGCAAGUACCAGAAGGACAAGAAGAACUACAAGGAGCUGGAAUUACUAAGAAGAGUUUACUAUGGUGGGGUCCAGCAUGAGAUUCGGAAAGAAGUGUGGCCAUUCUUGUUAGGUCACUACAAAUUUGGCAUGGCCAAGAAGGAGAUGGACCAGGUGGAUGCAGACAUUGCUCUGAGGUACCAGAAGGUGAUGGCUGAGUGGAAGGCCUGCGAGGUCAUUGUGAAGCAGCGAGAGAAGGAGUCACACUCAGCCACGCUGGCCAAGUUUUCAUCGGGCAGCAGCAUUGACAGCCACGUCCAGAGGCUCAUCCACAGGGACUCCACCAUCAGCAAUGAUGUGUUUAUAUCUGUGGAUGAAACAGACUCAGUGGAGCAGGACCCCAAGGGGCAGGAGGACCCCACGCUGACAGCAGCAGCAGCCCCUGCAGCUGUGGAGUUUGACUCACCUGACUCAGGGCUGCCAUCCUCCAGGAACUACUCGGUGACCUCGGGCAUCCUGUCCAGCAUUGACGAUGGCCAGAGCGGCUCCUUCGAGGAGGGGGCUGAGGAAGAAGGCAGCACUGAGGUGGGAAGGACUGAGCUGGGUACACCCUGUGUGCAGAGAGCCAAGGCAGGGGUGCUGCAGGCCCAGGACUCUGUCUCAGAGGAGCAGCUGUGUUCCCAGGUGGAUUAUUUGGUGGAUGUCACCUCUGUCUGCGCUGCGUCCUACACAAUAGAGUUAUUGGACACUGUUGCCUUAAAUUUGCACAGAAUUGAUAAAGAUGUCCAGAGAUGUGACAGGAAUUACUGGUAUUUUACUGCUGAGAACCUGGAGAAGCUCCGAAAUGUCAUGUGCAGUUAUGUUUGGGAGCACCUAGAAGUUGGUUAUGUCCAAGGCAUGUGUGACCUCCUGGCUCCUUUGAUGGUUAUUCUUGACAAUGAUCAGCUGGCCUACAGCUGCUUCAGCCACCUGAUGAAGAGGAUGAGCCAGAAUUUCCCCAAUGGAGGUGCUAUGGACACACACUUUGCCAACAUGCGGUCCCUCAUCCAGAUUCUGGACUCAGAACUUUUUGAAUUGAUGCACCAGAAUGGAGAUUACACUCAUUUUUACUUCUGCUAUCGCUGGUUCCUGCUUGACUUUAAAAGAGAAUUGUUGUACGAGGAUGUAUUUACAGUGUGGGAAGUUAUUUGGGCAGCAAAGCACAUCUCUUCAGAACAUUUUGUCCUUUUCAUUGCCUUAGCACUUGUGGAAGUUUAUCGAGAGAUUAUCCGUGAUAACAACAUGGACUUCACUGAUAUCAUCAAGUUUUUUAAUGAAAUGGCUGAGCACCACGAUGCUGCAGAGAUCCUGAGGAUAGCCAGAGACCUUGUCUACAAAGUGCAGACACUGAUUGAGAACAAGUGACCAUGGACAGGCUGUCCUGGGGCCUCGCUGGGAGCCACUGGAUGGAGCAUUCCUUGCACUGUAAUUCCAAAUGGUGUUUUAAUUGCAUCUUCCAUGUAAUGUAAUAAAUAGUGAGGAGAUGGUAACAGACUUUUAAAACCCAAACUUUCCCUUCACCAGAUGAGGUUGGUGUUUAAUAGUCCUUGUUACACUCACUUUGUAUUUCUAGACAAAAUCUUUUUGCAUUCUCUGUUUCCCUCUCUAGAAGACAUCUGUCUACAUCUUUGUGAUGUUGAAAGGGGGGAUUUGACAAACUGCAGCAUUUCUGUUUUGACUUACUGCACCUGUAAAGCCUGGAUGCACUUUGCUUCUCUACCAGAAGCUGCUGUGGAGGCAAGGCUGGGCCCACUGCUGCAAGCACUGGAUUGGGUCCUUGGAGGAGCACGGUCCUGGACUGUCUUUGCCUUGAACAUGGAAGAGAAUGUGUCUAAGAUCAUGUAGCUAAAACAUUUGGGUUUGUAUUUAGCAGUGAUUAAAGCUGAUAAGUUUCCUGGCUGGGAGAAUGGCCUUAACCUAAAUGCCACAGUUCAUGGGAGCAGUGAGGAGCUCUUGAGCUAAAACAACAGUUUGGCCUUGGCUGACUGGCUCACACUGCUCAGUCUUCAUAGCCCACACAGACCUGCCUUUGUUUUGCUUUGCAAACUGACCCUGUGCCCACUCCCAGCUGCCAGGCCCUGAUCUGUGUUGCUCAGGUGAGCAGGUUCAGCCCAGGGACAGGACCCUGCUCAGGCUGGCAGCUCCUCUGCUCCUGUGCUGUGCAGAGCCAUGGAUUCACAUCCCAUGGAGAGCAGAUGGCAGUGCCCAGCCCCCUCCAGAUCCCUCCCUGCCCUGCAGAGCUUGCAGGGGAGAAUGUCCAUGGGGUCCUGCAGACACAAACCAGGUGCUGGUCUCUGAGCAGGACCAGUCCCUGCCAGGGGAAGGAGCUGGAAUUGCUGGGGGGCUCUUGAGUUGCUGCUGCAGCCCCUGCUCAGGUGUGGAGCCCUCCAUGUGCCCCAGGACUGUCUGUGCCCCAUGUGUGGGGAGUGGCAGGGGCUGGUGGGGAACCGGGCUCCCACCAGGAUUGUUGGGCUCUGCUGGGGCUGCUGGCCUCCUCUGCACUGCAAGGGGGACAACUCUCACCUGUGCUCUACUUGCUUUCCCCAGCUGUGUGUGCUGCUAAGUGGAAGUGUAUCUCUGGGUCAGCCAGAGGAAGGGAGGAGGUUCUUGCCCACAGAGUCAGCUGCAGAUUCCAGGGAUACUUAGGAGCCAUGCUCCUGGCACAGAAUGUCCUGCAGCCCCUGGCCCAGCCCUGUUCCCAGCCCUGGACAGGUCCGAGCUCAUCCCCAGUCCCAGCAGUGCCCAACCUCCACAGCCCCCACGGCUGCUCUGCAGUCCCAGAAGUGCUCCAGGUGUGUCUGUCAGUUCACCUGAAAACUGAAAAAGUAUUUUUUAAAACAAUGAAAAGAGUGAGAAAAACCUCCAACUCCCAGAGCCUGGGGAGUGAUGGAUGUACAGAUAAUACUGCACUAUUUUCCUUUGGUAUGUUGGGAAUGUUCUGUACAGCUGUUUCACACAAACCCAAUCUGUGAACUUUGCUGUAUUUGUUAGAACAUUCUGUCUGAUUGGAUUUUAUCAAUGUUGUGUAUUAUUUAUUUUUGUUGGGAGCAGACUAUUCUCUUUAUUGCUCAAUUAUUUAUGUUUAAAUGUAACUUAUGAAUAAAUACUUAUUGUCAAGGCA